AUGUCUGCUCAGGUUUAUCCUCCACAGGCAACUGCCUACCCACCAGGCACUCAGCCUCCUUCUCCCUCUGGAGCUGAGCAUGUCGGACCUGGUGCUCCUUCUCCCUUCCUCGACGAGAAGCGUGCUGCCUAUCCUUCCGGUCUCACUCCAUCCAUCUCCGCUGGACCUUCCAACUCCAUCUACGGCUUCUUCGCACCCAUCGUUGCACCCAUCAACAAUGCUCUCGCCUCAAUUCAGGACAUCCGUACACGUCUUGAACUUUCCAACCCUGGCACUGUCGAGCACCUUCAGCGCGAAGUCAAGGGCGUUCACACUACCAACUUUUUGUUCGACGGUGCACGUGCUGACCUAACCAAAGCCAUCAGCAUCAACCCCAUUUUCCAAGUCACCCAUGCUUUCUCGAUGGGAUCGCAAGCCUCUCCGUCGUCCUACAACUUUGGCGCUGUUUACGGUGACAACAAGAACUUCUUCCAAGCUGGGUUGGAUGAUGGACUUAACGCGACCAUGCGUGCUAACCGUGGUUGGGUUGCUGGUCACACUACCAAAGUUCAGGCUCAACUUACAGCGACACCGGGACAGUCCUUUGUUCAGGUCGAGCAUGAUUAUCAGGGUACCGAUCAUUCGGCUAACUUGAAGGCCCUGAACCCAUCACCUACCGAUUUGACAGGUAUCUACAUUGUCAACUACCUUCAGAGCUUGACACGCAACUUUGCAUUUGGUGUUGAAACCGUUUAUCAGCGCCCUUCGGCUGAUAUGGAGGAAGCUAGUACGGGUUACAUUGCCAAACUUACGGGUGAUAAGAAGGACUGGAUCGCUACAGCUCAAGUUCAACCUCAAGGCGUUGCUCAGUGCACCUACUACCAUAGAUUGUCGGAGCAAGUGGAUGUCGCAGCUGAUUUGCAGAUGAUUACAAUGGCGCAGAAGAGGGAGGCAGCUGCGACGUUGGGUGCAAGGUACAACUUCAGAAUGGCUACACUGAGAGCACAGAUUGAUUCAGCGGGUAAAUUGAGCUCGGUGUACGAGACCAGAUUGUCUCCUGCGUUCGGAUUGACUUUUGCGGGAGAGAUCGAUCAUUUGCAAGGUGCUGCUAAGUUCGGGUUUGGUGUUAGUAUCGAAUCGGGUAACGAGAUGGAUCCUAAUGCUCCUCCUCCUAGUCCUCCUUCGGUGCCCAUGUAG